AGUAAAACAUUGAAGUAUGGUAUCCGGCUUAAGUACAACAGUACUACUUUUGACACUUUUCACAGAUGCUGUGCUAACUGAAUGUUCUGAUGGCUGUAAUUCAUGUUCCGGUUCAACAUGCAUGAAAUGUAAAUCGUCAUAUUAUUUAUCCGAUGGCUCCUGUUCUCCAUGUCAAGGAAACUGCACAAGUUGUAACGGAUAUUAUGACUGUACUUCGUGCAAACCAGGUAAAUGGGGUUCAGACAAGCAGUGCCAGUUCCCCUGUAAUAAUAAUUGUCAUAAUAAAGAAUGCCAGUAUGACACUGGCUAUUGUGUUCAGUGUAAACCUGGACUGUACGGCCUACAGUGCCAACAUAAUUGUACUGUCUGUGAUGGUGAUCUUUGUGAUUUACGUAGAUGUACGCACGGAUGUAAACAAGGAUAUUACGAGUACAAUACGGAGACUGAAUCAAUAUGUCAAACAUGUCCGAGAGAUUGUAGAUAUUGUAAUGACAAAAUCACAUGUCUGGUUUGCAAUGAUGAUUUUCAUUUGUAUCAGUUUAAUUCCAAUGGAAACGUUUUUGUUCACUGCACUAGUUGUUCACUAGGAUCAAACUGUUCAAGUUAUUGUGUUAUUCAAAACUGCAGUCAGUGCCAAAUCCAAAAUGACGAUUUAGUGUGCACAGAUUGCCCUGAAGGCUACACAUAUAAUGGAAAAACAUGUAUACAGGAUACAAUAAGUUGUUCUCAAGAAUGUUCCUCUUAUUGUGAUGACGAUGGAAUAUGCUUAGGAGACUGCAACGCUGGAUGGACGGGUGAAAAAUGUUCUGUCAAAUGCUCAGAUCAAUGUUUGACAUGCAACAAAAGUAGAAGGGAUAUUUGUCAACAGUGCAAAUAG